AUGAGUUCAUUUUGCCUACUUUCAUACAGUCCUUGCAAAAUUUUAUUCAGCAUGUCGCCACCAAAAACCGCUUUGCUCAUUCUGGCCGACGGAGCAGAAGAGAUGGAAGCAGUCAUCAGUGCUGAUGUUCUGAGGCGUGGAGGAGUUGAAGUGACUAUUGCCGGACUGAAUGGAGCUGGAACGGUAACGUGCGCUAGAAAGACGAAGAUCACUCCGGAUAGUGCACUGAAGGACGUCCAGUCGAAAACUUUUGACGUCGUCGUUCUACCUGGAGGUCAACCAGGCAGUAACUCGCUGGCUGCGAGCGAAGCCGUUGGUCAAGUACUGAAAGCACAUGAAACAGCCGGAAAAAUCAUUGCAGCCAUCUGCGCCGCCCCUAUAGCACUAAAAUCGCACUCCAUAAAAGCUGCGCUGGUCACUAGCCAUCCAAGUGUUCGUAAACAGCUUGAGGAGGGAGGAUAUAAGUACAGCGAGGAUCGUGUGGUAGUCGCGGAUCGUGUUGUGACCAGCCGUGGGCCUGGAACGGCCUUUGAGUUUGCUUUGAAACUCGUUGAGUUGCUCGUUGGACACGAAAAGUCGAAGGAGUUGGUGGACCCAAUGGUUUUGAAGCUGUGA